AUGUCAACCGGGGCCAUUGCUUUUCGGCGCAAGGUGCUGUCCAAGCCAAUGACUGAGGCUUGCGAGGAGAACAACGUGUUCCUCGCGACUGCCAUUGACAAGGAGGAUUACACCUGGAUCCUUCUUGUCGAUGAUGGUAGCGCCGAAGGAGCAAGAUCUGCUUAUGCUUUCAGGCCAACCCUCCACCGUGAGCACCGCGGAGGUCGUUCUCCUCGAAGGCCAUCUCGUGGUAACUCUUCUCCGCGGAGGGACAAAGCAAGGGCUAGGACCGACUGUUCUCCCAGAUUGUCGCCUCCUUCUCGAACAAUGGGUCCUCCUCCUCCUGUCGCCACGUCCCCCUCUUCACAAUGGAGUGGAGAGAAAACGGACCACAAUACGGUUCCUCAAAAGGAGGGUGGUGAGCAUCGAGAUACUCCCCCGAGGUCAAAGGUCGUGCUUGUUCCUCAAACCAAAUCCCUUAUAGCAAUGGAAAAAGAGGGCAAUGUCUUUCGCUGUUUCAAAACCCGCAAAGAUGCGAUUUUGCCAACUUUUGACAAAUGGCGCCCGACAAUUCGCGAACGCUACUUGCUCCAUGCCCACCAUACAGUCCGGGCAAACAGCAAAUUCAAUAACAUGGUUGAGCACUACGAGGGGCUGCUACUCAGCUGGGAACAAGAGAUCAACUCGUGGAGGAACAAAUUCUCCUCUCUCGAGGCUGAUCACCGCUCCUUUUCGGACUCUAUGAAUGACAAGCACGAGCUGGAAGAACAAGUUGACCACUUCAAAUCCAAACUCUUGAAGUCAAAUGACGAACUGCAAGCGCAGUAUGGUCGAUAUGAUGACCUUCAAACUGAACUUGCGGGUGUCCGAGAUAGACUUUUCCAAUCUGAGUCGGCUGCCGACGCCAUGAACAACUAA